AUGACAGUCAUGAUACUGACAGAAGAGACAAAACUUUAAUUUAAUUACUGUUUGGCGCCGCCGCCGAUAUCCUUUUUGGCCUUGAAUGUUGAUAUCUUACCUAAACAAAACUGAUAAAACUUAAUAAUUAUCAACAUUUUAGUUGCACCAGUAAUCAGAUAAGUAAUUUUAAUUGGCAGUCGGUGGUUUACAUAAAGGUUACUGCAACCGGCGUUACCGGUCAAAGUGCAAAAGAUGCGAAUCAUAUUGUUAACGAGUAUUUUAAGUUUGCUAGUGGCAGUAUCAGGGUAUUCUGACAACAGAGAGCGAAGAUUUAAGGAUGACUUCCUGUUUGGGGCAGCGUCAGCAGCAUACCAGGUUGAAGGAGCUUGGAAUGAAGAUGGAAAAGGAGAAUCCGUAUGGGACCACUACUUCCACGGCAAACCAGACCAAGGUCCAGCGCCCGGAGAUGUGGCCAGUAACUCCUACCACAACUACAAGAGGGAUGUGGAGAUGUUGAGGGAACUGGGGGUCGAUGUGUAUAGGUUCUCUAUAUCGUGGCCUAGGGUGCUGUCUGGAGGUUUUAGCAACAUAAAAAACGAGCCAGGCCUCCAAUACUACGACAACCUAAUAGAUGAGUUACUAAGGCACAACAUUCAGCCCAUGGUCACAAUGUACCACUUUGACUUACCCAUGGUCGUGCAACAUUUGGGGGGGUGGACUAACCCCCACUCUGUCGAGUGGUUUGAGGACUAUGCUAGAGUCCUGUUUGAUCGAUAUGCUAGUAAGGUAAAAUACUGGGUCACCAUAAACCAGCCAAACUCCGUGUGUGAAGUGGGAAAUUUUGAGAACCUUCAGCCGAAGAGCACGAAGGGAGUCGGGGAUUACAUAUGCGCUAAGCAUAUGCUUCUAGCACACGCUAGAACGUACAGAAUGUACGAGAAGGAAUAUAAGAAGAAAUAUGGAGGAUCCAUAGGCAUAUCCAUAUCUGUGAACUGGGCUGAACCCGUCACCAACAGCACUGAAAACGCCGAGGCUGCUGAAACCUACAGAGAAUUCACGUACGGCAUGUACCUGAACCCUAUCUGGUCGAAAAGUGGAGACUUUCCCAAACUGGUGAAAGAUAGGGUGGCCAAGAAGAGCAAGGAACAGGGAUUCGUCAGAUCUAGACUACCUUCGUUAUCUAAAGACGAAAUCAAGCUUAUAAAAAGUUCAGCCGAUUUCCUAGGUCUAAACCACUAUACUACCUUCCUGAUAUCUCCGUCAAAGGAAGACCACCCUGUGCCCUCAAUAGCUGACGAUAUUAGCGUCGACCUGACUACCAAAGAUGAGUGGACGCAGUCACAUAGUGCCUGGUUAAAGAGCGCCCCCUAUGGACUGUACAAAGCUUGCCUGCACCUCAACAAGCAGUAUGACUACCCUACCAUCUUCAUAACAGAAAACGGCUGGUCCACAGACAAGGGUCUACAGGAUACAAGCCGCUCUGUAAAUAUCCAGCAGUACCUGAAAGCGCUCUUGUUCGCCAUAGAAGACGGGACACAAGUCCUCGGAUAUACUUACUGGAGUCUCAUGGAUAAUGUUGAAUGGAUGGCUGGCACCAGCGAGCGUUUCGGCCUCUAUGAAGUGGACUUCGACUCCCAAGAAAAAACUCGUACGUCGCGUCAGUCCGCCCAAGUCUACAAGAGGAUCAUUAAAAAAAAAAUCGUCGAAGAAAACUGGUUACCUAGUUCACCUAAGAAGAAAUCGAAAAUGAACCCAAGCGGCAUGGAAUACUGGGUGAUAUUAACCAUUUAUUUACUUUUAUGUGAUUUUGUAUUCCCUAGGAAUGGGUCUAAGGUUUAUUUGUUGAUUAAAGGCGUGGGUUGUGUUGUUUUUAUUUAUGUUAGUUUGUACAUUUAUAGAACAUUUCAAGGGCUUUUUGGUCUGGAUUAGGGUGUUGUCUGUGAUGCUGAUGGUCCUGGGUUCAAAUCCCGGUAAGCGUAUUUGUGUGAUAAAAAAAAAUUGUGCCUGUGUCAUGGAUUUUUUCUUUGGAUACUUUAGUUGUUUUGAAGACUUAAUACAAGCCAUCUUGGGCUUACCGUGUGACAGAUCAAUAUUGUAAAAAUUGACCCUAUAAUAUUUAUUUAAAAUAUUUAUUUUUGAUUUAGUGACAAUAUCCAAUACACGAGUGUAAGGAGAGUUAUUAUUUUUAUAUUUUUGUAUUCGGAGAACGUUUUUGUUAAUAAAACUAUGAAAUAUUUUA